UUGUGUGCAUGACACGAAAAUAAAAGAAAAUCAGUCAAUCAAUCAAUAUUGAAAUAUAUGGCUGAUAAUAACUCACUGGUUGGUGGUCAACCCUUAUUGCGAAAGCUCAAUUAUCGGGUCAUUUUAGUUCAGGUUUUGGUGACAUUGUUCCUUUAUAUCAACUUUCUGCUGAUCACAACCUUUUUUAUGAAGCAUUUCUUCUACACAACCAUGCGCUACAUCUUCUUUGCUAAUACAUUACUGUCUGACUGUCUGAUUUUAAUUUUGACAAAUACCUUGCUGAUCAUGAGCUAUUUUCCUUUUACUAUACAGACGUGGUUGUGUCUUAUUAUAUACAUUGUUUUAUCUCUGUACACUUUCGUCACACCAGUUACUCUGACAGCAAUGACACUGGAGCGCUUUGUGGCCAUUUGCAUGCCCCUGCGGCAUGCAGAGCUGUGUUCCACACGCAGAGCCCUGCACUGCAUCCUCAUCAUUCACAGCCUCAGCUCCAUACCCUGCAUUGUUUUUCUCUCUGUCUUCUUUGCAUCUGCUACCCACAGCUUCUACACCCAGGACAGAAUAUGCUCUGUGGAGGCGUUCACAAUUCACAGGUGGCAGGGUCAUCUUAGGUCAGCUAUAAGUCAGUUUUACUUCUCUAUCAUGUUUAUAACCAUUGUGAUCUCCUAUAUUAAAAUAAUGAAAGUGGCCAAAGCUGCAUCAGGAGAGAAUAAAAAGUCAACAUGGAAAGGGCUCAGGACAGUUAUUCUUCAUGCUUUCCAGCUGCUCCUCUGUCUCAUCCAGUUAUGGUGCCCUGUCAUAGAAGCUGCUAUACUUCAGAUUGAUUUCAUGUUGUACAUUGAUGUCAGAUACUUUAACUACAUUACUUUUAUUCUUGUUCCAAGAUGUCUGAGUCCUCUCAUUUAUGGCCUCAGAGAUGACAAGUUUUUUCUUGCACUGAAAUAUUAUGCUCUCUGUGGCUUGUACAAGAAAAAAUCUUAUGAUUUUUCCUCUUGA